AUGGAUUGCAGCGUAGAGUUCGGGAGGUGGAAGGCGCAAUGUCUGGGCAAAGCAGAUCUCAGCCGGAAGGGCAGUGUGGACGAGGACGUGAUAGAGCUGGUGCAAUUCCUGAACUCACGAGAUCAGUUUUUCACCACUAGUUCCUGCGCUGGCCGCAUCCUCAUCCUAGACGGGAGUGCAAAUGGUUUUGAAGUUCAGAAACAAAACUGCUGUUGGCUUCUGGUUACACACAAACCUUGUAAAAAAGAUGAUGUGAUUGCAGCUCUGAAGAAAUCAAUUGGUGAUGCGGUUUUGAAAUUUGAACCAUUUGUUCUUCAUGUGCAGUGUCGGCAGUUACAGGAUGCACAGAUUCUGCAUUCAGCAGCAAUAGAUUCUGGUUUCAGGAACUCUGGUAUAACAGUGGGAAAGAGAGGAAAGACUAUGUUGGCUGUCCGGAGUACACAUAGCUUAGAAGUUCCAUUAAGCCACAAGGGAAAACUGAUGGUGACUGAGGAGUAUAUCAGCUUUCUAUUAAAUAUAGCAAAUAAAAAAAUGGAAGAAAAUAAGAAGAGAAUUGAAAGAUUUUUUAAUUGCCUGCAACAUGCUUUGGAAAGGGAAACUGUUACCAACUCACAUCUCAAGAUCAAAGAGGAAAAUAAUCCACCAUAUACCCGUAAAAAAAAAAGAAACUUAGAGAAAGCAUGUGCCAAAUGUAUUACUGAAGAAAAUAAAGAACCUGAACAUGACGAUGAUGCUGCAUGCAUCAGUGUUAAUAUUUUCCCUGAAGGUUAUUAA